GGAAGCAUCAACUUUAAUGUUUCUACUCUUUGCUCUCUCUCUCUAUUGGUUAUAUAUUAAAGCAAAGAACAAACUGAGGAAGGAAAAAAAACAGAGUAGUUGUGAAAAUGGAGAGAAAAAGAGAAGUGGUUGAAGAGAAAUCAAGAAAGGGUGGUCUUAUAACCAUGCCUUUCAUAAUUGUGAAUGAAUCAUUUGAAAGGGUAGCAAGUUAUGGUUUACAAUUUAACAUGAUAAUCUAUUUGAUGACAUAUUAUGGCAUGAGUGCUGCUACUGGUACUAGCAUUCUUGGACUAUGGGGUGCACUUUCAAAUGGGUUGGCAAUUGUUGGGGCAAUUGUUGCUGAUUCUUACUGGGGUCGGUAUAGGGUUGUUGCCUCUGGAUCCAUCUCCACUUUUAUUGGAAUGAUUAUUCUUUGGCUGACAGCUAUGAUUCCACAACUCAAGUCUUUACCCUGCUCUCAGUUCCAACAUGUUUGUAGUGGAGCAACACUAGUCCAACUUGCUGUUCUAUUUUUAUCUUUUGUGUUUAUGUCCAUUGGAGCUGGUUUUGUUAGACCUUGUUCUAUAAUAUUUGGUGCAGAUCAAUUGGAAAAUAAAGAGAACCCCAGGAACCAGAGGCUUAUUGAAAGCUAUUUCAAUUGGUACUAUGCUAGCACAGGGAUUUCAACUAUUCUUGCAGUUACCAUUAUGGUUUAUAUUCAAGAUCGUUAUGGUUGGAAAAUUGGCUUUGGUGUCCCGCUUAUCCUCAUGUUUUUGUCUGUCUCAAUGUUCCUUAUCGGUUCUCCUCUUUAUAUCAAAGUGAAAGCAAAAGAUACAGAAAACGUGGCCAUAGGAUUGCUUCAAGCAGUUGUAGCAGCUUUUAGGAAAAGAAAUACCAAUCUUCCAUUGAUUGAUUGUGAUGACUACUAUCGUUGGCCACUUGAAUCAGAGGCCUCGACACCAUCAAAGGACUUCAGUUGUUUAAAUAGAGCUUGCAUGAUUCAAGAUCGUCAAAGGGAAUUGAAUCCUGAUGGAUCAGCUUCAAAUCCAUGGAGUCUCUGUAGUUUAGAACACGUUGAAUCACUGAAGGCUCUUCUUAGAGUACUUCCUAUGUGGUCCACUGGUUUUAUAAUCUUUGUGGACAUGAAUGUAUUCGCAUUUUCCUUACUUCAAACAAAGACCAUGGAUAGACAUAUCUUCGCUCAUGUUGAAAUACCAGCAGCAUCAUUCAGUGUGUUCAUGAUUCUUUCUUUAGCAGUGUGGAUUGCUUUCUAUGACCGUGUUUUGGUCCCUUUUCUAUCAAAAUAUAGUGGAAAGCCAAGAGGGUUGAGUCCUAUCACCCGAAUGGGGAUUGGCUUAAUAGCCUCCCUUAUGUCUAUGUUAUUGUCAGCAAUAACAGAAAGCAUAAGACGACAAAGGGCAAUAGAGGAAGGGCAUGAGGACGACCCAAGUGCUUUAGUGAACAUGUCUGCUCUGUGGUUCGUGCCACAGUAUGCACUACUCGGAGUGGCUGAGGCUUCCCAUGCAGUUGGACAGAUUGAGUUCUUGUACGCUUUAUUACCCAAGAGCAUGUCCAGCAUAGCGUCAGCUAUGUACACUGUCGGGACUGCUGUGUCUAAUUUGAUUGGAAGUAUUCUGGUGAGUGGUGUGGAUUGGCUUUCAUCAACCGGAGGUAGAACGAGCUGGCUUUCGAGCAACAUUAAUAAGGGUCACAUUGAUUACUAUCUCUGGUUGCUUACUUUUUUGAGUUUGCUCAACUUCUUCGUUUUUCUGUUGGUCUGCCGGUUGUACGAAUCUGGCAAUGAUGAAAGCAGUAGGUCAUCUCAUGCGGUCGAUGAGAAAGAAUGUGAUUAUAUGCUUUUAUCUGAAUCUUGAUGUACUGUAUUAAUGUUGAAUCAUGCAACACCAAUAAAGUGUUUUUAUGUGUUUACCUCUA